UCAUUUCUUUGGUUCUUAUGGAGUUAUCUGCUGCUUGUCUGCAUGCAUGUUAUUUAAUUUUUGCUUCUUUUUCUUCUAGGUACCCACCGGAAAAGCACCGAUUGCAGCGUUGACGAAAAAAAAGACCAUGUUUGAAGUACUUUAUGGCUGGGAUAAUGCCAAGAUUAGUAAUAGGACUGGCUUAUUUCCUGGGCUUGAGAUGCGAGCGGCAUAUGAAGAAGCAGAAAAGUAUGGUGGCAGAGUGGUGCUUGGUGAUUGCCCUAUACAGAUUACAUAUAGGAGAAUAGGGAGUAAGUUGCCAUUUUGGCAUGUGACAAAAAUGUUUUUCUAUUGCCUUUUCCCACCCUUGCAAAUACUCAGAAACAACUUUGGUGAUCUUCGUGAAAUCAUUAAAAAGCUGAAAAGCAAUGGCUUGUUCGAUCGCCGUGUUCAAUUUAUAAGUAAGGAGUUUCCAACUGUAACGGAGAUCUUGAUGGAUGAACGAGAUCAGUACAUGUCCUCCAAGUUAUUAAAAAUAGCAAGUGAGAGUAGAUCAGUUGUUGCUGUUGUUGGAAGGGGGCAUCUAGAAGGAAUAAAGAAGUACUGGAAGCAACCAGUGGCGAAGGAUCUCAUGAAAGUUCCAUAUUCCAAACCAGGCCCUGCAAUUAUAUUAUGGAAAACGUUAAAGUAUAGUCUAGUGCUAUUUUUGUUACGCAUGACUCAUCAUGUGACAAAGAAUUGGAGCAGACGUAAAUUGGCGGGACAUUGAUUGAGCACCUCUGUUUGGUACAAAAAAGAGAGAGGAGAGAUACAAGUUUGUGGAUUUGGAGAGUGAGAACUUGAGUAGGUUCUGAUUUUUAAUUAGGUUAAAUGUAUUUCUGGUCCGGGUAAAAUAGCGAACUACUGAUAAGUUAGAAAUAAAUCUCUAAUUUGUGUUGUGGAAAUAGACAGGUUUUAGUCUCUCCACCCAUUUUUAGUGAUGAUGUGGAUGCUCAUGUGGCUAUUUUAGAUGUGUUAUUUCUUAUUAUUUUUUUAUGCUGUGAUAAAUUUUAUUUACUAUAUGUAUUAAA